AUGGCGGUUUCUUAUGCCUUUGCUAUUGGCACGAAGCUGGAGACUUUGCUAACGAAUCAACACAAUCCGUCCUCUUCUCCGGCGCCGUUGGGUCUGAAUCUGAUUGGGACUCGUUCUCUUCCGAUGAACAAUAACACAAGGCGAGGUCUGAUCCAGAGAGCGCGUUGCGAGAUUUCUCCCUCCAAGGCAGCUAGCAUCUCUGCUCUCGAGCAGCUCAAGACUUCUGCAAUCGACAGGUACACAAAGGAAAGAAGUAGCAUUGUGAUGAUUGGGCUUAGCAUACACACAGCUCCUGUAGAGAUGCGUGAGAAGCUUGCGAUUCCAGAAGCUGAGUGGCCACGAGCUAUCGCCGAGCUGUGCGGUUUGAACCAUAUCGAAGAAGCUGCUGUGCUCAGUACCUGCAACCGUAUGGAGAUUUAUGUUUUGGCUCUAUCUCAGCAACGUGGAGUCAAAGAAGUCACUGAAUGGAUGUCUAAGACAAGUGGAAUCCCAGUUUCGGAGAUCUGUCAGCACCGGUUUCUGCUGUACAACAAGGAAGUCACACAGCAUUUGUUUGAAGUCUCAGCUGGUCUGGACUCUCUUGUCCUAGGAGAAGGUCAGAUACUUGCGCAGGUUAAACAAGUUGUGAAACUAGGUCAAGGGGUCAAUGGAUUUGGGAGGAACAUCAGCGGGCUAUUCAAACACGCAAUCACUGCCGGGAAGCGUGCAAGAACAGAGACGAAUAUCGCUGCUGGAGCUGUUUCCGUCAGCUCUGCUGCGGUUGAGCUUGCUCUCAUGAAGCUUCCGGAGUCUUUUUCGAAUGCAUCAUCUGCUAGGAUGUUGGUGGUUGGCGCAGGGAAGAUGGGGAAGCUUGUGAUUAAGCACUUGGUUGCUAAAGGUUGCACCAGAAUGGUGGUUGUGAACCGAAGCGAAGAGAAAGUUGCAGCGAUCCGCGAGGAGAUGCCGUCUGGUGUUGAGAUUAUUUAUAAACCACUCGAUGAGAUGCUAGCUUGUGCUGCAGAAGCUGAUGUGGUUUUUACUAGCACAGCUUCAGAGGCACCGUUGUUCUUGAAGGAGCAUGUAGAGAUUCUCCCUCCUGUUGCGGAUGUGAGGCUCUUUGUUGAUAUCUCUGUUCCUAGAAACGUUGGGUCUUGUGUGGCUGAAUUAGACGGUGCGCGGGUUUACAACGUGGAUGACCUCAAGGAAGUCGUUGCUGCCAAUAAAGAAGACAGGAUGAGGAAAGCAAUGGAAGCUCAGGGGAUAAUUACAGAGGAAUCAAAACAGUUUGAAGCGUGGAGGGAUUCGCUGGAGACGGUUCCAACGAUCAAGAAACUGAGGGAAUAUUGUGAGAGGAUCAGAGCUUCUUUGGUUGAGAAAUUCAUGUCGAGAAACGGGGAUGGCAUGGACAAGAAGACGAAGAAAGCAGUGGAGGAUCUAACGAGGAGUAUAGUGAACAAGAUCCUGCACGGUCCAAUGCAACAUUUGAGAUGCGAUGGGAGUGAUAGCAGAACGCUGAGAGAGACGCUGGAGAACAUGCAGGCUCUGAACAGAAUGUAUGGACUCGAUGUUGAGAUACUUGAGGAGAAGAUUAGAGGAAAGAUGGAACAAAAAUAG